AUGGAUACCAGAAAUAGGACAAGUAUGAACAAAAAAAAGAUUGUUGCUGCAGCUGGUCUAGUUGCCGUAUAUAACUAUAUGUUAAAACGAAAAAAUAUAUCAAAAUGGGUUAAGAAUUGGAUUGCCAACAGAAAUGUAUUUGGUCAUAUGUCACUACUCCGUGAAUUGAGUGACAACGAACCAAACGAUUUAAAAAAAUAUUUAAGAAUGACAGCAUCAGAUUUUAAUAAUUUAUUAGAUUUACUUCGGCCACAUAUAUCUAAACAAGAUACAGUAAUGAGACAAGCAAUACCACCCGAAGAACGACUCAUAGCAACGUUAAGAUUUUUGGCCACUGGACGUUCGUAUGAAGAUUUAAAAUUCAGUACAGGAAUCGCAGCCCAAACAUUAGGUUAUAUAAUACCAGAAACCUGUAAAGUUAUAUUUGAUGUUCUGAAAAAAGAAUACCUGAAGACACCACAAACAAAGAAAGAGUGGAAAGAAGUUGCUGAAGGAUUCAAAGAUCGUUGGCAAAUGAUUAACUGUGGGGGAUGCAUUGAUGGAAAACAUAUACACAUAACUCAACCAGCUAAAUCUGGAGCUCUUUAUUAUAACUAUAAAAACUUUUACAGUGUAGUACUAAUGGCUGUCGUUAAUCACAAUUAUGAAUUUAUUUAUGCUGAUGUGGGCAAACAGGGAAGAAUCUCUGAUGGUGGAGUUAUUCAAGCAACUUCAUUUCACAAUAGACUGCAAAAUGGGAGUUUAAAUUUGCCAACAAACAGUGAAUGCGAUGAAGGUUUAAAUUUUGUAUUUAUUGCAGAUGAAGCCUUCGCAUUGGAGAAACAUAUUUUAAAACCAUACCCGCAAAAGAAACUAGAUUACCAAAAACGAAUUUACAAUUAUAGAUUGGCACGUGCAAGAAACGUUGUUGAAAAUGCAUUUGGAUUGAUAGCAAAUAGAUUUAGAAUCAUGGGCGGAUAG